AUGGCAGCGGAGGUCCUCCCACGAUCCAGAUGGAGGAAGAAGCGUUCCCAAAAAGGGAAGCUCAAAUUCAAGCUUCUUACCCCACGGAAGGUCAGGCCAAAGCCGUCGCUAACAGCUAAGAAAGCGUCGGUGCGCAAGGCAAGGAAGAAGAAGACAGGAGCCGGCCGUGAUGGCGCUGUCGAAAACCCCGUGCGUUGUAGGCUCGACCUGGAGGAGGAAGCUGGCGAUGGCGGCGUCGGCGGAAACCCCCUGCUGGUGCGCCGCAGGCUCGACCUGGACGAUGCCAAGGUCGGCAGCGGCACACCGCUCUGUUGCUUCAGCAGGGCCACGCUCAUGGACAACCUGAGAUCCCUCGCUAGGCUCACCUUGGGCGACGACGUCAAGAAGCCACCCCGCACGCCAGCAUCGCCGAAGAUCGAUCUGCGUUACUACAGCCGAGCACAGCUGAUGGAGAACCUGAGGUCCCUCGCCAAGCAAAACACCCUGCUGCUACCCCUCGCCGUCGUCGACACCUCCACCACCUCCAUGGCAAAUGGGCAGGGCACCACCAAGGGCAAGAAGAAGAAGGCGAUGCUGACAAGACGGGUGGCCAAACUUGUCCUGAAGCCUUACAAGAGCAAGCAGCGGGCCGAUGCCGCUACUGAUGAAGAUGAAGACGCCAUCGUUGCUGAUGACGAUGACCCCAUCGCCAUGGCUCUCGCCAUUCGCAACGAGUCCGCUGGAACGGAGCUGAUGUACGUGCCGCACUGGGGGUUCGAGUCCGUGGUGCUUCCCGACGCGAAGACGCUGCGGCAGCUGGUGCGCAUCACCCCCGCGAUAGAGGCGGCGUACAACGAGCUGGUGCGAUCGGACGAGACGUGCUUGGGCGACGACCUGGACGGCGUCCCUGAGGGCCCUGAGCUGGAAGAGGAGCGCCAACGUUUGCAGGUCUUGGUGGAUAAGUUCAUGGGGCCUGCACGCGCAAUCAUCGGUAAAAGGGAGUUUUCGAAUUGGAAAGGAUCCGUACUUACUAACGUGGUCGGCACGUUUCUAACACAAAAUGUCACUGACGUUACAUCAAGCAAUGUUUUCAUGAACAUUGCUGCGAAGUUCUCCUUUGCGAAGAAUGGAAGCAAUGCCGGCCAAAGUACAAAUGUACCUUUGAUAACAGAUUGUGAUUCAGGAGUGUCUAAACGACGUGAUAAUAAGCACAUAAACCAGCUCAUUGCAUCGCUCAGAACAGGAGAAAUAUCAAAUUGGGACAAGGACAAAGAGCAUAUAAAGGAGGUGUUGAAGGAAAGGUUUGAAGAUUCGACGGCUAAGAAAAUUUUACAGGAUAUUAAAUCUUUCCUAGAGAACGAUACUUCUCAUUGGAAAUACCUGCUUGAGGAAGCCUACAAAAAUGGGUAUCAGAAGGAGGAAACAGAUGAAACAAUUGAUUGGGAGGCUCUACUGCACGCAUCGUUUGGUGAAAUUGAAGAAUGCAUCAAGGACCGUGGAACUCACUGCCUGAUGGCAUUCAGAAUACUGUUUUUACUCAUUCGGAUCAAGAGAGAUCAAGGAAGCAUUGACCUCGAGUGGCUUAGAUACAUCCCCCGUGCAAAGGCAAAGAAGUACCUACAGAGUAUAAUAGGGAUUGGAUAUAAAAGUGUUGACUGCAUCCGUCUCCUAUCACUGAGGCACAGAGGAUUUCCGGCAAGCUACCACUUCCAAAUUGAAAUAGUUGAUGUAAAUGUAGCUCGCAUAGUGACAAGGCUAGGAUGGGUCCCACUUCAACCUUUAGGUGAUUCUAUAGAGUUCCAUAUGGUGGACAAAGAACCUGUCAUGGCUAAAAUUCAGGAGUAUCUUGAGCCCUUAUUCUGCAAUAUUCCUUCACACAUACGGUAUGAAUUGCAUUGCCAACAAAUAACAUUUGGAAAGUUAAUAUGCGCCAAAAAUCGACCGAAUUGUGGCGCCUGCCCAUUUACCGAAGAUUGCAAGUACUACAAAAGUCUCUUUGAAAUAGCCAGGCACGACGCCCUUCUGAAGUAUAGUCAGAAGGAUGAAGGAGGGCAAACAGACAUGGUUGAAAGAAUAGAUGAUGCUGUAAUGGUCAAACCAAGUCGUGAACACAUGUAUCAGUGCCAAAUUGAAAUGGGAAAAAGUACAGAAAGGCAUAACACCGAGCCUAUUAUUGAGAUACCACCAACUCCACCACAUGAAUACCCAGAAUCAUCAAGUGAGGGAGAGUAUGAACAAGAGUAUCAGGAAGAGUACAUAAUCCCAGAUGGGCAUGAAAUCUUGGACACGUUUGAACCAAGGGUUCAUGGUGAUUGCAACCCGUACCUCUUUAUAAUUCGUGAUUACGAUGACCAUAGUGUGAAUGCUACAAUUCUGAUACCUUGUCGGACAGCAAACAGAGAAAUAUUCCCAUUGGAUGGUACAUACUUUCAAAUAAAUGAGGUUUUUGCAGAUCAUUCAUCUACCCGUUCACCUAUACAAAUAAAAAGGGAUAUUUUUUGGAACUUCAUAAGGUGUAGGGUGUACUUUGGCACAUCAUUAACUACUAUCGCCAGAGGUCAAACGCAAGAAGGAAUUCAACGUUUAUAUCAUUCAGGGUACAUAUGUUGUAGAGAAUUUGACCGCAGUUCUAGGCGUGCAACAAUAUUAUCUCCUGCACUUCAUACCAAUACCACUAAUAGAGUACAGCAAAGAACCGGCAAGAAAAGGCACGUGCCUAAUUCAAGCCCGAAUUCAGUGGAAGGCAAUGACAAAGAUAGAGGCCAAUGCAGUUAG